GAGAGGAGCGGGAGCGGCGGAGAGCGCACGGAGCGCCCGGCGCUGCCCCGCACCGCGCCCGAGGCGGGGCCGCUCCCAUGGAGGCAUUCCCGGGCACCAAGCUGGAGCAGCACCGGCACCUCCCGCCCGUGGAGUGCCUGCCGGGCGCCCGCUACGGCGGCCGGAACCACAGCGCCUGCGGGAACGUCUUCAACUCCUGGAACGAUUACCUGGGGCUGGCCACGCUCAUCACCAAGGCCGUGCGGCCCGGCAAGGGCUUCGGCCCCGAGCCCCCCUCGGUGGUGGUAGCGGCCGCCGUGCCGCCGGCCGAGGAGGAGGAGGAAGAGGAGGAGGAGGAAGAAGAGGCGGCGGGGCCAUACUUCGAGGGCGCGCUGGACUUGCACGACCUGGAGCUGUGCGGGCAUCACCACCAUCACCACCACCACCACCACGGAGAAGGGCUGCUGGAGGAGCGCUUCGCCGAGUUCAGCCCCUUUCCCGGGCGCGGCGGCCCCGCCGCCGUGGUGUUCGACUGCUCGGGGGAGCACCCGGGCCGGGAGGGCUCUGCCCACGCCUGGGGCGGCGUGGUGGUGGCGGGGCGGCUGCCGGCGCACCCGCGGGCCGCCUCCCGCCUGCUCAAGCCCGAGCUGCAGGUCUGCGUCUUCUGCCGGAACAACAAGGAGGCGGUGGCCCUCUACACCACGCACAUCCUCAAGGGACCCGACGGCCGCGUCCUGUGCCCGGUGCUGCGGCGCUACACCUGCCCCCUGUGCGGCGCCAGCGGCGACAAUGCCCACACCAUCAAGUACUGCCCCCUGUCCAAAGUGCCGGCGGCGCGGCAGCUCCGGCACGCCCGGACCGCGCUGGGCAGGAAGGGCCGCUAGCGGCCGGGACCCCCGGGGCUCGCCCCGCGCCCCCCAGCGCUGACACCGCCCCGGACCCGCUCCCGGCCUCGGCCCCGGGGCGGCCGCUGCGCGCUGGAACGCGCGGAGCCCGGCGCCGGGCACGGGCACUGCGAGGCGGAGAUGCGCUGUGUUUGUUUAUUGUAAGAAAAAAUAUAUCUAUAUGUGAUUUUUAUGGAGA